UUGGAAUACAUCCUAAUUGACGUUAUUAAAUUUUCUGGGAGAAGCAUUUAGCUCCGAACAUGGCUCCCACAACCACCCCUCUCACAGCCAUAGCCAACGAGAAAACGUUACGGUCGAGCUUUGUGCGCGACGAGGAUGAGCGUCCCAAGGUGCCUUACAACCAGUUCAGCAACGAAAUACCGGUCAUAUCGCUGGGGGGAAUCGAGGAGGUCGGUGGCAGGAGGGUUGAGAUUUGCAAGAAGAUCGUUGAGGCUUGCGAGGACUGGGGGAUUUUCCAGGUUGUUGAUCAUGGGGUCGAUGCUAAGCUGAUUUCGGAGAUGACCCGCCUUGCGAGAGAGUUUUUCGCUUUGCCCCCGGAGGAGAAGCUCCGGUUUGACAUGUCCGGCGGCAAGAAGGGCGGCUUCAUCGUCUCUAGCCAUCUCCAGGGAGAAGCAGUACAAGACUGGCGUGAAAUCGUGACAUAUUUCUCAUACCCAAUUAAGAACCGAGACUACUCAAGGUGGCCGGACAAGCCGGAGGAGUGGAGGGCUGUGACGGAGGAGUAUAGUGAGAAGCUGAUGAGGCUGGCGUGCAAGCUUCUGGAAGUGUUGUCAGAGGCCAUGGGCUUAGAGAAGGAAGCCUUGACUAAGGCCUGUGUGGACAUGGACCAGAAGGUCGUGAUCAAUUACUACCCCAAGUGUCCACAACCUGACCUCACCCUCGGACUCAAGCGCCACACUGAUCCAGGUACCAUCACACUCUUGCUUCAGGAUCAGGUGGGUGGGCUUCAAGCCACCAGGGACAACGGCCAGACCUGGAUCACUGUUCAACCUGUUGAAGGUGCCUUUGUGGUCAAUCUUGGAGAUCAUGGACAUUACCUGAGCAAUGGUAGAUUCAAGAAUGCGGAUCACCAGGCUGUGGUGAACUCAAACUAUAGCAGGUUGUCCAUAGCCACAUUCCAAAACCCAGCACCAGAGGCAAUAGUGUAUCCACUGGCGAUCAGGAAGGGAGAGAAGCCGGUGAUGGAGGACCCGAUCACAUUUGCUGAGAUGUACAAGAGGAAGAUGAGCAAAGACCUGGAGCUUGCCAAGCUAAAGAAGCAGGCGAAGGAACAGCAGGUGGUAGAGAAGGCCAAACUGGAAACCAAGUCCCUUGAUCAAAUCCUUGCAUAGACUUAUGUUAGCUAGCUGCUUCAAGAACAUAUAAAGUAAUUACCAAAAACAGUGUUGUAAUUACAUAAACUACUAAAGCCAGCGAGUCCCUUGAAUAUAGGGUAGACCUUCUUGAUUGCAAAACACCAGAUCAUAUUAAUGAUUUCCUUGUUCUCUCGGAUUCUACUCUUGUUGUAGUGCCUACUAGAGGUGUACUUGUGUAAAAUUAUACUAAUAAAUUGAAAAAGAAAUGGAAAUGUGCUCA